AUGGUUGAUAACAUCAUAAAGAAAAAUACGACUGUGAUUUAUACAUCUUCACAAGUAUCUUUUUUUAAAUUAUCAAUGUUUGAACCACUAAUGGAACUGAGUGAUAUGUUUAAAUAUGUCAUUGAUAAUUUACCUUGCUGUGAUGAGGAUUGGGAAACUGAAAAAUAUAUUCGUGAUUAUGUUUUUAGUUAUUACGGUUAUACUUUUGUGACAACUCUGAUGCUCGGUGGCACUGCACAGCAGACUAUAAUGAUGAAACAUGAUUCGAUUAAAAAGCUUGAAUCGCAGAGUAUUUCCGUAAGGAAUGAAGCAACAGUUUCAUUCUUUGUUUCAUUGAGUACCGCAGUUGAAAAUUCAGAAUCAAAUACAAAGCGGCAAGAAUUUCUCAGUGCAAUUCAGGAAGAACACGGUACAAAAUUGGGCGGUGACCCGGCUGUAAAGGACAUUCAUGAAUGGGCAAAAACUGUUAAAUCAAAUCCUGUUAUAAUCAAAUUUGGUAUAAGAGAAAUAGUUGAUUUAUUAACGAACGGUCGUUUUCCCAAUGACAUACAGAUACAGAAUAAAUCAAAACUGAUUAAAAUUAUGUUGCAGAAAUAUAUUCAACAGCCAUUGUACUGUUAUAAUAAUUGUACAAAUGCAGAACAUGGUACAUGUGAAGCAAGUGGCUAUUUUCAAUUUGGAAUGUGUAAGUGUAAUAAAAAUUGGACAGGUAUUGAUUGCUCAGUUAAUAUUGCUCCCACAGGACCACCACCAGUUGUCUAUGGAGACGUUCUCAGUGGUACAUUGUGUGGUUAUGAUAGGUCCAAAUUAUAUCAGUCAUGUAACGGCCAUCGUCCUUGGAAUAGUUGUCCUCCAGGUUAUGUUACACAAACAUGGAAAGAUUCUGAUUUUACUACGUGCUAUAAAACUGUUACAACAAAAAAUAGCACAAAUCUUCCUGGAGGACUAUGUGGUUUAUGGAAUUCUGGAGGACAAUAUGCUGAGAUUUCAUGCAAUCGUGCACCGCUUGGUAUCUGUCCCGUAUUGGGCUAUGGUCUAAAUAGCUUUACAUCUAGUUUAAGCGGAGAAAAUAUGUUUUGUUAUAAAACGAGUUCCAUUUUUCUAGAUCUCCUGGGUACACUUUGUGGUAUACAGUGGAGACAAACAAAUCACGGUCCGGCAUGUGAUGGCUACAAUCCUGGUAUGUCAGAGUGUCCUACUGGUUAUGCACUGGAGCUUUGGACGUUGAAAAAUGGUAAAACUUUUCAUUUGUGUGCAAAACUUUGA